AUGGACGACGUAUCGUGCGAGGUGUCGCUGCACAAGGUGGAUCCCCCUGAGAACGCACAGGCUAAGCGUGAGGACCAGGAAAUGCCUGUUCAUAAUGUAGUGGAACAUCAGGCGGAAAAUAACUUUCGAAAUAACGCAAAAAAGAAUUUUAUAACGCAGGAAAUGAAUGGAGAGACAGAUUUGAAGGAGUCGGGAGUUGAGAAUGAGUUGAACUACAUGAUUGCUGCUAAGCAGGCGAUAGUCAUAGAAAAAUCUUGCCUCCUCGAUCGCGAAAGUAUUGGAGAAAGUGCUGCUGCGUCAGGAUCAGCGAAGAACAGUGAUGAUGAAUGGAAGAAAACCGAGAUAGAAGUAGCGACGUCAUCGACGUCAAUCGAGGCAAAUUUUAAGACGGCAGAUGAAUCAAACGUUAGUGUUGAGUUUGUAAAGCAAGAAGUAAAUGAUCAGCAAAAAAACGAGGAGAGCGAGACGCGAUCGACCGAACAUUCUUUGUCAAAAACAGAUAUAGCGGCAUCUUUAGGCGAGGAUACUACGUCAUCGUUGCAUGUUGACAACUUUUCGCAGCAAAGUUCUAAUCGCCAAGUGCAAUUCCCGUUUGCUUCAUCAAAUUUUAUGGCGUCGUCGCCCACCCCUAUUCGUCCGCUAGACGGAGAUCCGCGUUCAAUGAAUCAGACACACGAAGGAGACAUGGCCGAUAAAGUCGAUCACUCGAAUUGUGAUAACAGCAAUGUGCAGAACGACGCCGCAAGUGCGCAAAAUCUACCUCUGGGAAGCAAUGCUGUAUCACAGUCUCAAAUGUUCUAUCAUCACACCAAUGCGCCAUCAUUUUACACUACACCUCAAGAUGGUCCACCCGUCGGACCUGCCAUGAUAGAGCAAAGCACUUUAGCUCCAAUGGCAUCCCAAAGUAGCCAGAUUUGGAUCUCACAGGCAGGACAACAGGGAGCUCAAACACAUAAAAGUCCACUCAGAGGUCCUAGCGGGCAGCAUCAAGGAGGUAACGACCCCAACUUAAAUCCGGCUCCAUUUUCAGCAAAAUCUCUGGUUCCACAGCGUUUGGACGAGAAUUCGUUCGCCAUAGAGCGGACGAAACUUAGCCGGUUGGGUGCCUAUGCUAAAAAUGCGUCUUCUUCAGCCCAAGCAAGCGCCCUUGCUGUCGAUGUCUUGCGUGCAUCAGUCGGUGCAGAAAACAUAAAAGCUCACGGUUGGAUAAAUCAAUUUCCUGGUAACGAGUAUGAGGUCCUGCUUCAAAAGGGAUCAAUCGGGUUGUGCAUGAAUAUGAGUGUUCGCUUAGGAUCCGUUUCUGUGACAAGUUUUCGCCGACCAGAAUCUGCUUUGAUGGGACCUGCUGAGGCCAGCGGUAUGAUUUCUGUUGGCGAUGAUUUGAUUGCAGUGGACGGUUUUUUGGUACAAAGCCAAGAAGAUUUUGCUCGCGUUGUUUCCCGUUUAAAGUCUCUUCGUCCCGUUUUGUUGCGCUUUCGAAGACCUGGUAGUGGACUGUUGAGCAGCAACCGAGACGUUAAUGUCUAUCGAAAGGGGCAGCAAACUUCACUCGUAGGUUUGGACAAUCCUCGGUUAUUCACAACUGGGAUGUGGCAUUUAGGUGUUCGGUAUAUUUCGCCGAAUCGGUGGGCCGCAGAGUUACACGUAGAUGGUGGGGGAAUUCGACGGCUGGGAGUUUUUCCAACCGAAUAUGAGGCGGCAAGGGCCUAUAACCAGUACAUUCUUCAGACGUAUGGCAAUGGAGCGGUCCAAUUUAUGAACCCUGCCGGUGAUGGUACGAAGGGUAAUGUUCCCGCUGCAAUGACAGAUGUGCAGACAGUGCAGCGCCGAAGAUCACUGCUUCGAGCGGCAUUUACUUUAGAACAGAAAGAGCAGCUGCGUGCUCAAAUCAUGGUCUUCAAGUUUACGUCUACUGGUGGUAAUAUUCCAAAUGAGAUUUUAAGUCGUGCGCUGAAGACGACAGCACAUAAUUAUGUUCAGCCAAAUGCCAGCAGGAACAAAAGAAAGAACUUUGCUCCUAUCCUUAUCUCAAAACCAGCAAAAAAGAAGACAAAGCGUGGAAAAAAAAAGAAGGCCUUUUCUGAUGAAGAGGAGGACGAAAGUGAAUCCGACGACAAUUUUUCAGGACCCAGGGUUUUGUCGGAGGAGAAGCCAGCCCGCCGAUCCGGACGCAAUGUCGGUAAGGCGAAGAAGAAGUAUGUUGAAGAAAAACUUGAUUUUGAACUUAGCGAUGAAGAGAAGUCGGAAAAGCCGAAGCAAAAAGAUACUUUGAAGGGUCCUCAGAUUGAUCGAAUUGUAAGCGUGCGUUUCCACAAGGACACUUUGGCGGACUCCGAUGUGUCAAUGGAAUUUCUUAUAAAGUGGAAAGAUACAUCGUAUCUUCACGUGAACUGGCUCUCUGUUCGUGAAAUUGAGGAGUUUGGCCAGCAUGCUAUUCAGCGCAUGAGGCGACACCUACAAAAAAAUAGUCGUUCUGUAGAAGAGGCUCGAGAAAUUGUCGUCGUCGGCGAAGAAAAGGAUCUCAGCAAUUAUUUUAGUGACUCAUACAUCGAAGUUGAUCGUAUUUUGAACGCAAAAGAGGUUGAGGAACCUGAGGAAUCAAACCCUUAUCUCGUUCAUCUACUGGAAAAAGAAAGCAGUGUUGAGUUGACGGUGCCUAAAAAGACUGGUAUUAAAUACCUGGUGAAGUGGCGCGACAUGAGCUAUGUCGAUUGCACGUGGGAGUGGGAAGAUCAGCUGACGGAUGACCGUAAGAUUGCCGCGUACCAUCGCUUCAAUCACCCUCCCAUUAUAAAUGGUGCACAUCCUGCAACGUAUGCUGAUGUUCGCCCGGAACCUAACACUUGGGCGAAAUACCAGGAGUCUCCAGUCUACAACAAUCAAAAUAAAUUGCGAUCAUACCAGCUAGAAGGGCUUAACUGGUUGACAUUUUGCUGGUAUAAUCGCCGCAAUUGUAUUCUUGCCGACGAAAUGGGUCUUGGAAAGACUGUUCAAGCAACCUCUAUACUUGAGCAUUUGCGUCAACGCGAGUUUAUACGAGGUCCAUUCCUAGUAGUUGCGCCGCUUGCAACACUAGGUAAUUGGAAGCGAGAGAUCGAGACGUGGACUACAAUGAAUUGUGUCGUGUAUCAUGAUUCUGAAGGCGGUUCCGAGAUUCGUGCAUUUAUCCGUGAACAGGAAUUUCACUUUGCGAGUGAAGUUCAUCGUAGGCGAGGUAUUUACAAGUUUAACGUUUUGGUCACAUCAUACCAAACGCUUAUGAUGGACGCUGAGUUUCUUGACUCGGUUCACUGGCGUUAUAUCGUGAUCGAUGAAGCUCAUAAACUAAAGAACCGUGAAGCUAAGCUACUUCAAGUGCUUCAUGGGUUCACUUGGGAUUCAUGCCUUCUAAUGACAGGAACUCCGUUACAGAAUGGCGUAUAUGAGCUUUGGUGUCUUCUAAAUUUUAUCGAGCCCGAUAAAUUUCCAAGUCAGCAAGAAUUUUACGAUGAAUUUGGCGAUUUGAACACAGCUGAACAGGUAGCUCAGUUGCACGAGCAGCUGAGGCCGUUCAUGCUGCGUCGUGUGAAAGAGGAUGUAGAAAAAAGCAUUCCACCGAAAGAAGAAACCAUCGUUGAUGUGGAGCUUACAACUAUGCAGAAGAAAUAUUAUCGUGCUAUAUUCGAGCGUAAUCGUCAGUUCUUAAAUAUGGGUGCAUCAGGUACAGUUGCCAAUCUAGUGAAUGUUGAAAUGGAAUUACGCAAGUGCUGCAACCAUCCAUUCCUGAUUCGUGGCGUUGAAGAUAAAGAGUGCGCUGGUCUGGACGAGCAAACUCGAAUGAAGAUCUUAACUCAAGCAAGUGGCAAGACUGUUCUGCUGGAUAAGUUGCUGACAAAGUUUCGUCAAGAAAAGAAAAAAGUGCUUAUUUUCUCGCAAUUUAAGAUAAUGCUCGACAUAAUUGAGGACAUGUGUCACCUACGCGGAUACAGCAUGGAACGUCUGGAUGGGUCUGUUCGCGGAAAUUCCCGUCAAGCGGCAAUAGACCGUUUCAACAAUCCCGGUUCGGAUACGUUCGCGUUUCUUUUGAGUACUCGCGCUGGUGGUGUAGGCAUUAAUUUGAUUGCAGCUUCAGUAGUAAUCUUGUUUGAUAGCGAUUGGAACCCUCAGAAUGACCUUCAGGCCGUUGCUCGUUGCCACCGCAUCGGACAAACGCAGUCAGUAAAUAUUUACCGAUUAGUGACGAAGAAAACGUACGAAGCUCAGAUGUUUGAAAUUGCGUCAAAGAAGCUUGGAAUGCAUCAUGCUGUGUUCGAGACCGGUGGUGUCCGCAAUGAGUUUGAUGGCGAAGACAAUAGUGGUAAUAUGAUGUCCCUGAUGUCCUUAGACCGUGAAAAAGUUGAGAUGAUGAUUAGAUACGGAGCUUACGCUAUAAUGGGAGAAGAAGAUGAGCAGGACCCUGAUAACCGCGCUAUCAAUGAGCUUGAUAUCGAUCAUCUUUUGUCAACCAGUCGUACAAUUCGAUAUGACCCGACAAGCUCCGGUGAAAAUGGAGGAACUGAGGAGAAUGGCGGCAAAAAUGAAAGCGACACGAGGCCUACAGGAAUUCCCCAAACAACUGCUCUGUCAUUUUCUAAAGCAACCUUCACAUCCGAAUCGGCUGACACGACAAUCGAUUUUAACGACGAGAAAUUUUGGGAGAAGGUGCUUGGUCCUAAGCCUGUCCAGGUACUUAUGACAAAAGUUCAAGAAGGCUGGCUUAAGACGGCCUCUCAAGACGAAGUCAAGGAUUUUCUCUUACAAUUACGUGAACUGGCUCGUGCUGUUGUAAAAGAGCGACAACGAGGCAAGUCUCUUGCUGAUGCCGAUCAAGUGUUGGCAAUCUUAAUCGAGUUAAAAGUCACCGGUUGUGUCAUAAAAGAAGUAAUCAACGUUCGUGAAAUUGCCACUGACUGGCUACAGGUGAUUGAACGACCCAGACGGCGAAGAAGCCAUGAUAUCGGAGAUGAGUUGAUGUAUCUGGAGUUUCUUGACGGGCCUAAAGAUAAGCCUAUCAAGACAAAAUUGAGUGGUGCUCGCCGAAAGCGAACACCCAAGUAUAAUGGCAGAAGUAAAGAGCAUAAGCUUUACAAAAGUGAUGACGAUUUUGCCGAUGACGAUGUCGACAUUUCUAAACGCAAGAAAGCCUCUCGCCAAUCUAGCGCUAUUAGAAGUUCAAGUGCCUCUUCACCUAGUAGCCGUGCCCUUAGUGGCUUGUACAUUUCGAUCAAGCGAUUAAACGGCAUUAAUGAAUUCUGUGUCUUCAAGGUCUAUAGCAAGAUGACUAAAAUUCAAAAGAAGCUUGACAAAUCUUGUAGUGAUGCUGAAUCACCAUCGACCCCCGCCGAAAUCAAGCGAUCGAAUAUUAUAUAUUUUGAGGAUGGGGGAAAAAAUCAGGUGAGCGGUUCAGAAGCUGAGGACCAUCUAAGUGGAUCAGAUGGUGACGACCAUUUAAGCGGAUCGGAAGGUGAAGAAGAAGAAGAGGAAGAUGCGUAUGAGGAGGAAGAAGAGGAGCCUGCGAAGAAGCGUGGCCGCCCGCGUAAGAAUGACAAAUCUAGCGGCGAAUCUAAUACGGUUGUGAUGAACAAAGUUGAUCCGCAGGAGGAUGAAGAGAUGUGGUGUCGCGUGUGUUUCAGUGAUCAAGGCUUUCUUGACGACCCUAUUGUUCAGUGUGAGCAGUGCUCUGUUGCUGUCCAUCAAUAUUGUUAUGGCAUCGGCGCGGUGCCCGAAGGAGAUGAACCGUGGUUCUGUGACUUUUGUGCGGAGCAGAAUGGCUCAUCUGUUAUUGCGACAUGCGAGCUGUGUCCGUUGAAGCGCCCGAAAAGCGCAUUCAAAAAAACGAUUGAAGGCAAGUGGGUCCACGUCGUGUGUGCCUUGUGGGCCCCUGGUGUUCAAUUUUCCAAUGUGGAGCGCAUGAGUGGAGUAAAACAUGUGGCUGCUGCUGCUGAAGAAUUGAAGGGCUCAAGCUGUGCGAUAUGUGACAAGGAGAGUGGCUGCAUCAAGUGCAUGCGCGGUGGGUGUUCGACGUACUUCCACCCAUUAUGUGGUCGGGAGACGAGAGGCGCAUAUGAUAUGUUUAUGAAAGAAGGGGGUCAGUUGCAAGCUUUUUGCCAAAAGCAUCGAACGCAUCGGAAGCGUAGUUAG